GUGCAAAGUUCUUUUUCUCUUUGCUUUGAGAAGCCGUUGCUCUCUGGGGAGGAGGGGCGGGCAUAUGUGUGCAUGUGUGUGGGGGGAGAGAGCCCUGUCUGCCCGGGUCGAAAUAAACCGGCUUAAUGGGACAAAAUGUGAAAGGAAAAAAAGAGAAAAAUGUCUUGUCCAACCCUUGCUAACCUCCGUCUCUCCUCCCUCUUGGCACGGCUGCUCAAAAGGAGCAAGUGCUGACCGCCAGCUUGCUCCCGGCUAGGAAUGAUCUGGAGAACGAUUUAAAUUAGAAACGUUUUUUCCUCUUUCCUUCCCCCAAAGUGGUGGCAUUUCAAAGGCCACUCUUCUCGCCGCAGAGGUAGCCCCAUAACUUUGUGACCCACAGGACGGCAAUUUUGCUCUGAUCUUGAUUUGCCCCGCCACUUCGCCCUCUCCCUCCCCGCCUUCACCUCGUGCGCUUCUGGUUAAUGCAACCACCACAAACAGCCCCCCCCCAAUCUUCCCCACGCGCGAUUUUCACCGCCAGGGUCUCGGCUUCCCUCUGAAGGGAUGGAAGAGAAACGGCGAAAGUACUCGAUCAGCAGUGAUAACUCAGACACCACUGACAGUCAGACAACAUCAGCUUCAAGAUGCUCCAAAAUACCAAAUACAAAAUCUGGUUGGUCAAGGCAGAAGGAGAAGAAACCCUCAGAGGUUUUUCGUACUGAUCUGAUAACAGCUAUGAAGAUUCCAGAUUCUUAUCAGUUGAGCCCAGAUGAAUACUACAUCCUUGCUGAUCCCUGGAGGCAAGAGUGGGAGAAAGGGGUUCAGGUGCCAGCAAAUACAGAAACAAUCCCAGAACCAAUGGUUAGGAUAAUUCCUGUGUUAGAGGAUUCUUCACCGCACACCUCACCAAGCAACCUGUCCAGCUCUGACAGUUUAGAUGUCAACAGGGCGUACUCUCAAAGAGUAAGUCGCUAUGAUCUGGAUGAAAUCGAUGCUUGCUGGUUGGAAAUCUUCAACAUGGAGCUCAAGGAAAUGGAAAAGCCAGAAAUGGAUGAAUUCACCCUGGAAAGAGUGCUGGAGGAGCUGGAGACCCUGUGCUAUGAGAACAUGAAUAUCGCCAUUGAGACAGAGGAAGGCCUUGGCAUCGAGUAUGAUGAGGAUGUUGUAUGUGAUGUGUGCCGCUCACCAGAAGGCGAAGAUGGCAAUGAGAUGGUCUUCUGUGACAAAUGCAAUGUUUGUGUGCAUCAGGCUUGCUAUGGAAUCCUGAAAGUUCCCAUUGGAAACUGGCUUUGCCGAACCUGUGCCCUGGGAGUCCAGCCAAAGUGUUUACUCUGCCCAAAGAGAGGGGGAGCUCUGAAACCCACUCGAAGUGGGACAAAAUGGGUCCAUGUUAGCUGUGCCUUAUGGAUUCCUGAAGUUAGCAUUGGAUGCCCUGAAAAAAUGGAACCCAUUACAAAGAUUUCACACAUCCCAGCAAGCAGAUGGGCUCUGUCAUGCAGUCUUUGCAAGGAAUGCACUGGGACAUGUAUUCAGUGUUCCAUGCCUUCCUGCAUAACAGCUUUCCAUGUAACAUGCGCCUUUGAACACAAUCUGGACAUGCGGACACUUUUAGCAGAGAACGAUGAAGUAAAAUUCAAGUCAUUCUGUCUUGAGCACAGCAGUGGAGCCACCAAACCCCCAGAUGAAGCUAGGGUGGAUGCAGACCAAGGCAAGCUUGACAUGGAAAAAGUAACACUGAGGAAGCAGAAGCUCCAGCAAUUGGAAGAAGACUUCUAUGAUCUUGUGAAGCCCUCUGAGGUGGCUGAGAACCUUGACUUGACUGAGUGGCUAGUUGAUUUUGUCUAUCAGUACUGGAAGAUGAAGAGGAAAGCCAAUUACAACAAGCCUCUGAUGAUACCCAAAACAGAUGAGGUGGACAACUUGGCUCAACAAGAGCAGGAUGUGCUCUACCGACGCUUGAAACUCUUCACACAUCUCAGGCAGGACCUUGAAAGGGUUAGAAAUCUCUGCUAUAUGGUGACGAGGCGAGAGAAAAUGAAGCACUCCAUUUGCAAGCUCCAGGAACAGAUCUUUCAUCUCCAGAUGAAACUUAUUGAGAAGGACCUUUAUCCAGAACAAACUGGGAAAAGAACAAAGGGAAGGAGAAGUGACCCAAAAAGAAAGGGGAAAGAUGACAGGAAAAGCAGCACUGACAAGAAAGAAAAAAGGAAACCAGGAAAUGAGUUGGUCCUGGGACAGUUAGGUUUCCCAACUUCCUUCCCCAUUGACGGAACCUUCUUCAACAACUGGCUAGCUCAAUCUGUACAGAUUACCACGGAGAAUAUGGCAAUGAGUGAGUGGUCAUUGAACACUGGCCAUCGUGAAGACACCACCCCAGGUCUUUCUGAGGAGCUCUUGCAAGAUGAAGAGACCUUGUUAAGUUUUAUGAUGGAUCAUUCUUUGAAGUCUCCAUUGAAGCAGAGUGACACAGCUAAGAAAGCCAAGAGCAAAAUGCGAACACACACUAAGAAAAAGCCUGCAAGAAAUGGUUUGAAUUUCUUUAAGCAACAUCAGGAAGAGGAUUCAGAUCAGUGGACUAAUGUGAGUCACUUGUCAGAUAACACCACAAAAUCUUUAUCACACGAUUUAAGGAACAACAAAAUGGAGAAGGGGAUGGACAAACUUCAGCCAGAGCGCAAAGUGAUGUUUGAAGUGAAAAGGACAGUUAGGAAGGGCUGUUCUCAUCCUUCACCUCCUCUUCCAAAAGCAAAUGAUUCUCAAGCCUCCCAGAGUCUGAUAAGUAACCUAAGCAAUGAUGUGGAACCAGUGAAAUAUGCCCCAUCUGAUCCCAACUCCUUGGUUAAAGUGCCUGAUUCAGUAGGUUGCCCGAAAACAGUAGUGAGAUUCAAAUUACCAAAAGAGGGCAGAGGGACACGGAGAUCACAGAACGAGAAGCCUGAGACGGUUAAUGGACCUCCAGGAAGUGAAAAAUCGAAGGUCGUCUUACACCAUUUUGACAAUGAGACUGAUGGCUACUUUUCAGAUGCAGAAAUGAGUGACUCUGAUGCAGAAUCCGGUAGUGGCAGAGGGCACCAUAGCCAGUUAGAUUCAGGAAAUGAGGAUAAUUUCAGAAUGAGUAUUUUGGCAUCCUAAUACGCCAGACAGACCAAGUGUGACCGCUCAUGUGAGGCCUAAAUACAGUUACAACUGCCAUGUCCAAUUUCCGCCUGGUAUCAUAAGAGGGUUUCAGUUUGUUUGUUUGUUUGUUUGUUUUGUUUUGUUUUUAAUUUGUAUAUAUAGUUCAGAACUAGCACUGCUGUUGUUCCUCUUCUCUCUAUGCCUGAGAUACAGCUCAGAGCACCACCAACAUAGACUUGCAUACUGUAACCGUAGCUAGCCCUUCUUAGUCAAUCCUUGCAUUUCCCGGUUAACACAAGGCAAGCAUGUGCAUGGUUAGGGACUUCUCACUCGCUGAUAGUGAGCAGGACAUCCUAGAACUUCAAUGAGGGAAUGUGAGGUUGCCAGUACCUGUGGCUCACGCAGGGAUGACAGUUUUAUGGGCAUUAUUUAAACCAAGCGAAUAGAUUUCAUGGUCUGCCUGGUCUAAUUGCCUCUGUUUGGCAGGGUGUAGAAUUGGAGUACUGCUGUGGUAGCCAGCUAUAUACACAGGACUUAAGGGGAAAGUAAAUCUGGGUGGGCGGGAGGGUGGGUGGGUGGGUGUGAGUGUGUUUCUGUGCACACACACUUGUCCAUAGGGUUUGUCAGCGUGUGUGUAUGUCUGUGUUAGCAACUAUGAAGUAAAAUAAGCGACUAUUUUUAAAAGAAGCACAACAAGCUUAUUUGAAGAAAGCACUUAAUGGGUGGAGAAAAACACCAUUGUAUUUAUGGUCUAUUAAAUCCGUGAUUUUUCUUUUUCACCUCUCCAGUUUGAUCACAGUCCGUCCAAGGGGCCAAGAACCAAGAUUUAGCCCUAUCACUCCAAGUAUCAGCUGGGCAGCACUAUAAACACUCAUCCAAGGCUCUCAGUAGAUAGAAGAAUUACAUAUCUGUGUUAAAGCUGCUCUGCUGUAUAUCAGUAUCUCUCCUGAGUAACUUUGGGUAUUAUUUAUUGGUAAAAACUAACCCUUUGAUUAUCUGAAGCAAUUCCCAUAAUUUCCUCAGGUUGAUUAAAGUAGCCUUUUACCAAAACACUUGGGCCAAAUAGAGAUCAGAGGGGCAAUAUUUCCAUAAACCAGAUAGGAAAAUUAUUCAGAGUUUUAAAAAAUCAUCAUGACUAUCAUCAUCAUCAUCAUCAUCACUAUCAUCAUCAAAUGGCUUCAGAUCCCAGCCUUGUGAAAGAGGUCAGGUCUAUACUUGAAGCAAAAACAGGCAAAUUAUGGCUCACCUGUUCAGAGAGUUGAAUAUGUAAGCUUCUGCUGUACAGAGAGGGUCACCUGGUUGAGGACACAACCUUUGAAAGGCAAUUGAACUAUUUGCCUUUGCCACAGUGUUUCUUUAUCUAAACACUGUCACUCAAUUGAUGGCUUCUCCCCUUUCCAUCUUUCCAUUUCAGAAGUAAAAGCUUACCAUCAAGCUGUGGACUCAUCCUAGGAGAGUGAUUUACAGAAGUCCACAUUCUAAAUAUUUCAGUAAUGUUGUGUAUAAAUUGUCUCUAAUAAGCCUUAAGUGUCAUUCAUAAGUUCAUGUUACAUAUUUGUCACAGAUUUCCAUGUUUGCACUUAAUUACACCAUUACUUCCAUUUUGGCUUCAAAGGUCACAGUUAAGGUUUGCCACAUGCUUUAUGGGAGUGACCCCAGUGUGAGCUCAGGGAACAAAAUACAAAAAGAAAAGUGAAGAUCACUAACUCUUUUUUUUGUUGGUAUGUUAUUUUCAAUAUGAGUGUGUGUGUAUAUAUAUCUAUACUGGGACACUUCUGCUUGUUAACCCAUCACUGUCAAACUGGGGGAGACGAGACCUUGCAGUUGUUCAGAUAAAUUUGUCAAAUUAUUUUAUGGAUGCCAAAGAAUAUUUUGAGAAUAAAAUAGCACAGCCAGAAACCAGAAACUUGUUAUUUGAAAACAAAAACAAAAAAGAAUGAAAGCUGUUUAGCUACAAAAGGACUAAAUCCGUGUUCAUGACACAGCUGAGGCAUUAGGUUGCAAGCUUGCUGAAAAUGAUGCUUUUAUCAUUUGGACCACCUCCCUCCAUUUUGAUUUCUGAUGUUCUUUGCUCAUUCCAGUCUGAGCAAUGUUGGUUUUAUGUUCUUUGAUGCCAGAUGCUGGCUGUCCUUGGUUUUUGAGAGUCAAGUCAUUUUACAAGCCUUCCAAGUCCUUAAUAUCUCUCCAGUUGAGCUAUAAUUUGUAGAACCUUUAUUCUGAAAAGAAACCAAAAAACACGAGCCAAAUACACAUCGUUUUUUUCACAGAUUUGAGAAGUUUUCUUUGCUAAAUAAUUUUUCAAAAGUACUGACUGUAAUGGAACAAUUCGAUAUUAACCCAACCCAUAUGGGUUGAUAAGUAAAUUUUGCUCUUAAUUAAGGCUUGGUAUGUUCAGAUAAUGUUAAAUACAGUAAAUAGGACUUAGUUUUAUCUUAUUCAAGCUUGCUAGGCUUUAGCUACAAUAUCCUAGUUAUGUCAUACAAAUAAUCAAUAUGCUGCCUUUUAAUGGAUCUUGCUUCCGUGUGCUUCAGUUCAACUAUUGCUUAAAAAAAGAGAAAAAAAUCCAGAAAUCUCACUGUACACAGCUUCAUUCAUCAGCUACUGCAUUACUUGCCUGCUCAUUCAGUACAGGACCCCAAAAGGGACAAACUUUAAAGAACAACCAAACUAAACCAGCACCUAUCAUCUUUGUUUGGAUCAUAUGUAAAACUGUGAGACACUCCAUUGUUACUGUGAAUAAGAAGUAAUUGUGAACCAAAACUGAUUGUUUAAAAAGUGGGGGGGAAAGAAGAAAUACUUCACCCUGCUCUGGAGCCUUCAGGUGCACUCAUGGGGCUUUUUAAAGUCUCAUGAAAUGCUCUGUAUGCAUCAUGGAGCUUCACAUCUGAAAUGUUUGUCAAAACAGAAGAAAACUGGACAGCUUCUGCUCAUAUGGAACUCCACAGAGCCUAAUGGAAUUUUGGAUCACAGACAUCAUACAUGAUGUUACGCUUACGUUUGUAGCUAUCAUGUUUUCGCAAUUGGGAUUUUUUUAAAGGAGCCACAUUUAUUUUCUGGGGCCUUAUUGUAUGGGGAAUUAGAGCUGGAAAAUGGAAGAAAAGGGUACGAAAGACUUACUAGCAAAAAGAAAUUGAGCAUUAUUCCGAACUAGAAUGUCUUAUCAUCUCUAAGUUGUAUCCAAAGAUGCCCUCUCUGUCACUGAAAUUGCUUGGAUCCAGAGGAUGCUGGCAAAAGAGGUGAAUUUUGCUGGUUCCCUCCACAGCUCCCCUCUUUCCAUUCUGCAGAUUUGAUGGGACAUGCUUGAUGGGAAGGGGGAAAUCAGUAAAAAUCCAGACAAACACACUCUUCUAGUCAUUAAGCCUCAUUGGAUCUAAUCCUAUUUUAGACAAGCAUAUAAUGGAAUACAACCACCUUUUAUCUUUUCUCUUUGACAGAAUGUUAGCAUGUUUUAUAUAACUGCUAAGGAAUUUCUUAGUUUGGAUUCUGCAAUGUGCUUGCACUCUCAAUACUAUUCAUGAUUUAUCAAUACAUUUCUACAGUUACGGCGAAGGCCAGUGAGUACCUUGGAGCCAGCUAUAGUCUCUGAAGUUAUAGAGGAACCCAUGCAAGCUGUCGCUUCAGUAGUGUGAUGCAGUGAAACAAGAACUCAGAAGUGCUGCAGAAAGUUAGUCCAAGCUACCUUCUGGCACUGAGUUUUACUAUACCUAGCAAACUACGAUAAAAAGUUUCAGCAAACAGCAUUGGUAAUGAUAAGGCAAUGUGUCUGAUAGUAAAAAUCCAGCUCUGGUUUAUUUUAAAAAAUAACCAUCACUGAUUUUUAUAUGGUUUCUAGUAGUGUCACUAUAACCCUUGAUAUUACCUUGUACUCUGUGGACAGCUAUCUGCAUAUUAGUAAAAAUCUGUUUAAGAGGAGCUACAGUCUUCUUAAUGCUUUAGAAGUUUAGCACCUGCUUUUUUCCUCUGCAGAAACAAGAAAGAUUUGCAUAAAAGAAGAAAUUGUACAUGGAAAAUAUUUUUGAUGCACUGUAAAUGUAUUUUGAGAUGAACAGAAAAAAGCAUAAAUGGUCUAUUUUAUUAAACAAAGGUCUUUACGAUGAUGUGUAACUUCAAGCAUUGACAUUUGCACUGUAAGGAAUGAAUCCUAUUUCCUUUGGGAAAGCAGCAUCAUGAUUACAUAUGAGCAUUGCAAUCAUGAGUGUUCUUUUUGGUUCAUGGUAAAAUCACAUUUGGCUUUUAAAAUCUACGUGUUGAAUGCAAUCUCCUAGAGACAAUUUGAAUUUUCCUCCUCCUUUCCCAUCAUAGGUUUUCUAGAAUAGCUAUUUGUGGCAUGUUGUUUGACUUUUUUGUAGUUUGUUGUGUUUUGAAAAAUAAAUAAAAACAAACAUUUGGCCGUGCUUUUCCUCAAAGCACAAUGCAGAUUUAUCCAUUUCUGUAGAAGGAAAAGGGAAAGAAUUCAAUCCCACCUGUUCUUGUUUCCUCCAAAUCAAGUCUUUGCAACCUGUCACAAAAGUACUCUGUUUCCUGUUGCCAGGUAGGUGUGCUAAUUUGGUUGUUCUUUAAGGAAACUCCUUUAUACUUUCCUCCAUUCCAUACAGACACAAAACAGGCCCACUCCAUAUCAGUUACAGGAAAUGAUAUGAAUGUCACAGGAGGCAAAGCCCUUCUGGUUUUCUUUGUUUCAAAGAAAGUGAUGUGCCAUUUGUUAAUAUAAAAGAGAAAUAUUGAAAAUAUAUUGAAAAGAGCAAUUUUAAAUUAUUUUUGGCUUAUGUUGCAAUAUUUAUUUUCUUGUAUUAGAAAUUCCUUUGUAGAGAAAAAAUGUAUUUUUCAUUAAUGCAAAAACCUAUUUCUCCUUUUUGUACAUUUUCCAUGUUAGUUAAUCCUUAAAGCAAUAUAAUGUAUCAAAGUUGUUCUGUGUGAAAGCUGUAUUAUGCAUGCUGUUUGUGUUGCCUUGGACUAGGUCUGUCUGCCAUAAUUUUCAUCAUGUUUCGAUUCAGUGUAUGCUUUAAUACACAUUGGGACCAUGGCCCAUUUGCUUAUGAAAAAAGAAAUACCUUUGCAUUCUUCAGUGUGUUGGCAAAUGCAGUCAAUAAAGCCGUGUUUUCUGUGUA